AAUGGCAUAACAAUAGUAAGUUUAAGUUGCUGCAGAGUUCAAAUUAGUUGUCGUAGGUGAUGGUGCAGUUGGUAAAACAACUUUUGUCAAGAGACAUUUGACAGGAGAGUUCGAAAAGAAAUAUUUAGGUACUAUUUUAUUUGAGUGUGUUUUUAGCCACAUAAGGUGUUGAAGUGAGUCAAGUCGUAUUCUACACAACUCAUGGUCCAAUCAGAUUAGUCAUCUGGGACACAGCAGGAUAAGAGAAAUUAGGAGGACUUAGAGAAGGUUAUUACAUUGGAGCUCAUUGUGCAAUCAUUAUGUUUGAUGUCACAUCAAGAAUCUCUUACAAAAAUGUACCAAAAUGGCAUAAAGAUCUCACUAGAAUUUGUGAAAAUAUUCCCAUUGUCUUAGUUGGUAACAAGGUAUAUAUCUUAUUUUAAUCUCUUUUUUAGGUUGAUUCAAAAGACAGAAAAGUAAAGGCAAGAUAAAUUACAUUCCACAGAAAAGUCAAUAUCCAAUACUAUGAUGUCUCAGCCAAAUCUAAUUAUCAAUACGAAAAGCCCUUCUUAUAUUUAUUAAGAAGAUUAGCCAAGUAUUUAAUUAUUUCUAUUUUAGUGAUGCCAAUUUGUCUUUAGUCUAAGCUAUGGCUCUUUUACCUCCUGAAAUCCCAAUUGACCCAGAAUAUGCUGCUUAAAUUGAGAAGGAAAGACUUAAUGCUGAAAAUCAACCAUUACCAGAUGAAGAAGAUGAUGAGUUCAAAUGAUA